CAUUCCCUCUUCAUUCAUCAUUCACAACUUGCAAAUUAAACAAUUUCUUCAUCGGAUACUCAACCGUUGCCAGAAAUCACAAAUUGAGGAAACAGACAAAUUUACAUCAAGGAAAUUACAAUGGAAAUGGCUGGAACAGAGCUAAGAUUAGGUUUACCUGGAACAGAGUCAUCACCUUCUACUAGUAAAAUUACCAACAAAAGACCUUCAUCAGAUAUGAAUAAUGAUGAUGAACCAGCACCAAAAGCACAAGUUAUUGGCUGGCCACCUGUUCAAUCUUACAGGAAAAAUGUUUUACAAGCGAGCUACGUGAAAGUGAGCAUGGAUGGAGCAGCUUAUUUAAGGAAAAUUGACCUUAAUAUUUACAAAAGCUAUCCACAAUUACUCAAAGCUUUAGAGAACAUGUUCAAGUGCUCCAUUGGUGUAUACUCUGAAAGAGAAGGAUACAAUGGAUGUGAUUAUGUAGCAACUUAUGAAGACAAAGAUGGUGAUUGGAUGCUUGCUGGUGAUGUACCUUGGGAUAUGUUCAUCAAUUCUUGCAGAAGGCUUAGAAUCAUGAAAGGAUCUGAAGCUAAAGGUUUAGCAUGCUGACAGAUUCAGAAUUUAAACUCGCUAUAUGUUUUUCCUGAGUUGAAAAGAAAGAGUUUAUCUAACUCUAUUUAUGCUUGUUUUUCUGACACAUCAAGUAUAAGGUUCGAGUCAAAGUACAGGAUUAUUAGAUCUGACAAAUCCGCAAACUCAUUGUUUGAUCCGCCACUACCUGGAGAAUCCCAAGGCUAAGCUUAUUGGGUUCUUCAAGAAACUGGGAAAUUUAUUUCUCUAUGGUUUCAAUUUUUGUAUAACAGCCCAUGGGAUGUAUAGAGAAAGUAUAGCUUGAUCAGCUUUUCUUGUACAGAAAGCUUUUUAUUUGUACAUCUUUUCUUUUGUUUAUUUUGAAGAACUGUGUAUUUUCGAAGAGUAUAGACAUAUAUAUGGGGGCAAAGAUACAAAUUUGGUGCAA